AUGCAGCUGAGCAGCCACUUCCAGAUGGGCCUCAUCGGGCCCUUCUUCCGCGCAUGGGGCCUCGCGUGGGACUGGGGCUCGCUCCACCGCACGACCUUCAGCCUGAACCCGGCGGGCGUGCCCGCGCCGCUCGACCCCAGCACGCUCUUCCCGGCGUGCAGCAUGCAGGCGCUGCACUUCUCAGGCCUCAGGCCUCGCAACAUUGCCCGAGACCCCUAA